AUGUCUACUACCAUCAAGAAUGUUACCGUUGCUGGUGCCUCUGGCAGCAUUGGGGCUGCCAUCCUACACGCUCUCAAUGCUUCAGGUCACUUCAGCCUCACUGUUCUCAAACGCCACGGAUCAGACUUCAACCCGCCAGAGGGAGUGCGGAUCGUCAGUGCCGACUACUCCUCCCAGAAGUCUUUGACCACAGCCUUGAUUGGACAGGAUGCCAUUAUCUCCGCACUUGGACAUGCGGCACUUCUUGACCAAAUCACCCUGGCAGAUGCAGCUGUAAAGGCUGGAGUUACCCGCUUUAUUCCGUCCGAGUAUGGCUGCAACCUCAGCAAUGAAUUGGCACGGAAACUUCCCUCCUUCGCGGACAAGAUCAAGACACAGGAGCACCUCUUCCAACUUUCCCAAUCCACUCGUCUCUCAUAUACUAUUAUUUACUGCACGGCUUUGUUAGACUGGGGUUUGGAAUAUGAUUUUAUCCUCCGUAUCUCUGAUUGCAAGCCAAAAUUGUAUAACGGCGGCGAACAGCCCUUCAGCGCCACGUAUCUUUCCACGGUUGGUCAAGCUGUGGCAAGCAUCCUAGCCCAGCCCGAACAGACCAAGAACACCAUAGUUCGUGUUCAUGACAUGGUGAUAUCUCAGAAGCGCCUUCUACAACUCGCUCAGGAAGUGGCACCACACAAAAGCUGGGAACCACAGAAUGUUUCACUGGACGAAAUAACUGCAGCCGCCGAUGAAAGAAGGGAAAAGGGAUUGUUUGAUAUGGAAACAAUGAUGCCUUACCUGUUUCGUGGUAUUAUGGAUCCGAAGUAUGGGGGUCAACUGGCCGACGUUGACAAUGAGCUUCUGGGAAUAGUUCCCAAGACUGAAGAGGACGUUCGUCAAACCUUAAGGAAAUUAAUUGGGUAG